ACCUCCGGUUCAGAAUGUCGGGAACGUCAAGCGUUGUCGUAGAUGCGGAAAGGGAACAUGACGCGGACCGGGGCUCCGCCGAACCGUCCGCCCAGGAAUGCACGAAGAUCGAGGCGCUCCGUCAGCGUUCCCAGCGCCUGACAGCCCGCCUCCAAAAUAUGCAGAGAGAGAUGGAGACGUCCAGGGCAGCCAGCAAAGGUUCACCAGCCGCCACGGACGAAAAGGUCGUUAAUCCACCACCGCAGAGACGCCUAGUAGAGGGUCCGAGCACCCUUGCCCCAGCCACGUCCUCUAACAGCCGACAGGCUGUCCGAAAUGCUGUGCCGGAUUCCGCGCCGGCGGCGAUAGCAAUGUCCCUACCUUACCACCUGACAAUGCCUUCCUACUCGCUGGCGGUGCCCUUCCAGCAACCGCUGCCGCCGAUGCAGAUUCCGCCAAAUACAAGCCAACAGCUAAUGGCGAAGAAGAAGUCGAAGCGGACUCUUAGAAACGAAGUGGAGGCUCUUCAGGAGAUGGUAAAACUGCUGUCGCAAGUUUCCUCGGACGUUAAUGUGUAUGCCGCUCAGUUGAUUCAUCAAAACGAAAUCUUAUCCCAAUUGGAGUGGACUCAUCAAAACAAUGUCGGUCCAGUGCCGAUACAAGCAGCCCGCCGACAACUACCACAGCGGAUCGACGGCGGAAGUGAGAUGAUCAGGCAACAAUUGCCUCAGCAGCGGGGACACGGCCGCCAUCGUCUUGAGUCUGAAGUCUCCAACACGAGCAGCAACAGCAAUCCUGUCCAGCAACAGCAGAAACCGGGGCGACGACAGCGCAACCGUAAGAAAAGCGAGAGCUCUGGCAAAAUUACUACACAGUCUCUAAAAACUGAGCUAGAGGCCUUGCGGUUAUACAUAAACAAGAUUGUUCAACACCACGUGGGCACGGAUCACCUGCCUCCACAGUUGAUUUUCAAGGGCGACUUUUCGGAUUUGGAAGAUCAUGCACAGCGCCUGACCGCGGCAGGGUACGGCCGCAUUGUAGAGGAGGAAAUCCGAGUGAACCGCAAAAACAACAGGCAGGCCUUCAUCACGAUGUCUACGGACCGUGAAGCCCUUGAUCGAGAUGGCAUCGUGCUUCUGCCUGUGGCCCGCCGAUAUGCCUUCGAAGGCGACAAAGUGCGUGCGUUUGUUCUGAACGCAGGUGCCCAGUGCAGUUCAAAGCCAGAGAGCUCUGGAGGAAUCACAGGAGGAAAGCCCUCGCUAUCACUCGCGGACGAUGUCGAGCUGUCGGACGACACGGAGUCCCAGGACUCGGAAGCGGAUGUCGACAACGUGAUUGUCAUAUCGUCGGACAAUUGCCCUAAGGCGUUCGUUAUAGCCAUCACCAAGCAGACUGAACUACGCCAGAUCGUUGGCACCAUAUCGUUUACGAGCCCCUCUAAACUCUGUGACGAUCAGCUCUUCUAUAAAUUCCGACCGUAUGACUUGCGGGUGCCAAUGGUCUACGUGCCAAUGGAAGCCUGUGCCGCCCACAUCGGGAGCAAACAGCAAGGAGAGGUGUCCGGCCUCCUUUACCUGGCCCACAUACUCGAAACUGAUUGCAAUGGGCACUGCAUCGCAGAACUAAUUCAGCCUGUGGGCCGCGUCGGUAAUUUAGACGACGAGCUCAAAGCUAUUCUCUUCCACAAUAAUCUUCGAGAUAUUGAGCCAUUUGAGCAACGUUUCAAGGACAUGUAUUCCCAAUCACCACCGGUGAUAAGCAAAGAUGAUUUACGUCUGCGAAGGGACUUGAGAAAGACUUGCAUAUUUACUAUAGACCCUAUGACUGCACGCGAUCUGGACGACGCCGUUUCCAUUGAGAAGGUAGGCGACAACAAGUAUGAGGUCGGCGUUCAUAUUUCCGAUGUGUCGCACUACCUAAUUGAGGGUAAUGAACUAGACAAUAUUGUUAAGAAGCGUUCUACAUCCAUUUACCUGGCCAAUGAAGUUAUCCACAUGCUGCCUGAGUCACUGUGCAUGCGCUGUUCACUUUUGCCUGGAGAGGACAAGUUCGCCUUCUCCGUCUUUUGGAAGGUGGAUGGUGAGGGAGUUAUGCAGAAGGAUAAGCCGGAGUUUUCUCGUACCGUUAUUAAUUCAUGCUCGCAAUUUGCCUACGAACAUGCCCAAAAAAUCAUCGAUAACCCUAAUGAGCAGUUUAACGAGAACGAUUUCCCUACUAUUUUAAACGGAUUUCAACCCGACGACAUUAAAGAAAGGAUACUGUUGCUCCACACGAUUGCAAGCUCCUUGCGAAAAGAGCGUUUUAACAACGGCGCAAUCACUAUUAAUAACGCCAAGCUCCGCUUCAUCCUUGAUCCAGUAAGCGGCGAGCCUUUAUCAUUCGAAGUGGAGAAACAACGCGAGGCAAACCGUAUGAUUGAAGAAUUUAUGUUGCUGGCCAACCAGGCGGUGGCUCGCUUUGUCCACGAUUCCUUUCCUGAGAUAGCUGUGUUGCGAAAUCACCCGCCACCACUGACCAAGUCUCUUAAGGCGCUACGGGAAAAGCUGUUGGCCCUGGGAUUCGACCUGGACUACAGCUCUUCAAAGGCGCUCCAGGAAAGCAUGUUGCGGCUUUGCAACGAGGCUCCUAAUCCGGUCGCAAUGAAGGCUUGCCUUAGCCAAUUGCUGAUGAAACCAAUGGCAAGGGCAACUUAUUUUUGCAGCGAAGGUAAAACGGAAGCAGCCGACCUGUGGCACUACGCUUUGUCUAUACCUAUCUACACCCAUUUUACCAGCCCGAUCCGCCGCUACCCUGACAUUAUGGUGCACCGCCUGCUGGCGGCAGCACUUAAAUACUGCCCACCGCCUGGACGCACGCCGGAUGAACUCCACGCCCUAACGAAACUAGCCAAUGAGCGCAAAUACAAUGCAAAAUUGGCCGGUGAGGACUCUGGCAACUUGUAUUUUAAGCGCUACGUCCGCAAUAAGCAAGGCAUUUACAUGCGAGCAGUGGUUAUGGAGAUAUUUCAGCACAUGAUGAAUGUUGUUACCUUGGAGUCCGGACACGUCAUAAGUAUUAACUAUAAGAUGCAAAAGGUAAUCGUGGACACACAAAGCGCACCCAACUACAUUAUGAUUGCUGAGCGCAACAUAAGUCAGUCACCUCGCAAGCUGCAGUUGCUUUCGUUGGUACCUAUUUGUCUGACCGUUUUGGACAAUAAACUAACGGGUUUCCUGACUAUGGGUGAUCAAAGCAUUCAAAUACCUAAAGAUCAACCCGGUGUAUCUGGUGCCUCCCGUAGGAACAAGCCUAAGCAACACCAGCCGCCAGUGAAUCAAAAUCAUCAGCAGCAACGACUACAGCUACAGCUUCAGCAACAGCAGCGGAUGUUUGCGAUGAGGCAAAACAGCUUCUAAUUGAACAUAUUUAGAUUGCACUUCGGCUUUGACUAAGAGCUCCAUUUUCUUUACACCGUCAAUUGCAAUUGUUUUCCAAAAUCCAAAACUGGUCAGAAUUCACUUCUUGGAACUACAUUUCUAGUUAUGCGUUCAAGCUAUGCUUGGCGAAAAUGUAUUCUGUGAUGCUUUUUGAUAUACGGUUGCAUAUACCAACAAGCUCUAUAUAAAUGUAUAUUGUUAUGUAUGUACAUUAAGUUUAAAAUCAAAGCUAAGUUGCAGAACGCCCAAAAAAUAAAAUUAAGUCGACCAUAA